AUGGUUGCCGAAAAAUUUGGUCCGCAUCACAAGACAAUUCUUAAUGGGAAAAAUAUCGACGCCAUUUACGAGCUCUGGGGAGUCAGCUACCCCGUAGAAAUCGAACUCCCCGAGGAUGAUGAGAUUCCGGAGAAUGGGUACUGUGGAGCUUACGCGUCUCAUUUCGAGGCUGGCGGCUUAUCGUUUCCUCUUCCUCGUUUUCUUCUCGAAGUGCUGGCGGAGAUCAGGAUGGAGUUUACCCAGAUGGCGCCUAACUUCUUCCGGUAUUUCUUGGGUUGCUGGGUCCGAGCUUUGGAGGAAGGUCUCGAAUUUUGUCUCGGGGAGUUGAGGCAAUUAUUUGACAUGAAGCGAAACAAUGGCUUCCCUGGCACAAUGAUUCUUGCUCCUCAAGGUGGUCGUGGUAUCAUCGAAGGCAUUCCUAAUAAGGGUGAUCGAUGGAGGGAGAAGUUCUUCGUUUUUAAGAUAAACUCGGCGUCGGUCGGAGACUUCGAUUUCGAGAGGAUCCCUCGGGAAUGGAAGAAGGAGAAAGAGGGGUUGCUCGAUCGUCCUGACGAAUCUUCUGAGGCCGGGUCAUUAGAGCGAGCUCGGAAAGUCCAGCGGGGGCGGGUCUUUAUACCGAGGUCGCAGGUUCAGUCUUCUGGUCUUCUUGCUAGGUCAGUGUCGGUCGCUAUUCCAUCUUGUGGAGCUCUUGAGGCACCGGAUACUUCGGUGAGCUUUGCUGGUGAUCGAGCUCUUAAUGACGAGAUCGAUUCGUCGUCUCAUCGAUCUCGACGUCAGGUCUUGGAGGAGAUUAACUCUGUGACUUCGGGAUCGUUGAGCCCGAGACUUUCUCCGCCGUUACGUGCUUCUGGUGAAGGCACUUCGCGGGUUAACCCCGGUGUCCUUCCUUUGAGCGUGCCCGAAGCUUUUUCAUGGUCGUUUGCGUAUGACAGCGAGAUCCCUAUCCUUGAGAACCCCGACUCCCUUGCAGCGAAAGUCAGAGCAGAAGGAUGCGAGCUCCCUUCUUUGGACCACAUGCGAGAGCGCGACGCCUAUGUUCAGAUGGCGGUCGCAAAUGCCAAGCUUCGGGGUGAGUUGGAUGCUGCUCGGGAGGCGGAGAGACAGCGCGAAGUGGAGAUUGAGGAAUUGAAGAAGAAGUUGGCGGCUGCUGAGGCCGAAAAGGUCGUUGUUCAGCGCGACCUUGACUCGAUGAAGGAGAAGUAUAGGGGAGAGAUCGAAGGUCGGGAUAGGAAAGCUCGCAAAGAUCUCCAUCUAGCUCGUGUCUCUCUUGCGAAGGAGUACGAGGGGGUUUUGGCUAUGGUCAAGGGUAAGUUGGAGAAGAAGAAGAAAGAAACGGCCGCAGAGAUUCUUUUGCAAAAGACGCGAGCUCGUAUCGAGGCUUUGACCGAGUAUAGUGAGGGCGGCUUCGAGCUCGAGGCGGAGUUGGAGCGUCUUAAAGACCUAGAGGUUUCGGUCGACGUCGAUUACGGUCUUGCUUCGGUGUCAGACCCUUCUCUUGGUCAUCUCGAUCUCCCCGAGAUCUCCGGAGACUCGGUCAACCAGGAUUGA